CAUGCAGUAGGAAAUUUUGGUUCCAAAUGAAGACACCAAGAUUUAGGAUUUCUACUUUUUCUAAGAUUUUAUUUAUUCAUGAGAGAGAUAAAGAGUCGGAGACAUAGGCAGAGGGAGAAGCAGGCUCCCUGCAGGAGCCCUGGGAUCACGCCCUGAGCCAAAGGACAGAUGUUCAACCACUGAGCCAUCGAGUUGUUUGCAUAAUUGGCCUUAAAUGAGGUGAGAGUGAAGAAAACUAGAGCCAUCUCUGGAAACCUCACUACCCCACUACCCUGGAAGCUACCUUCUGGAAUAUUAGACUUGACCAUAUCUGUUUUGAGGACUCAUUAUGAACAAAGAAGUCUCCCAGGUGUGAAGUUUUUCAACAUGAGUGGCCUCGGGGACAGUUCAUCCGACCCUGCUAACCCAGAUUCACAUAAGAGGAAAGGAUCGCCAUGUGACACACUGGCAUCAAGCACUGAAAAGAGACGCAGGGAGCAAGAAAAUAAAUAUUUAGAAGAGCUAGCUGAGUUACUAUCUGCCAACAUCAGUGACAUUGACAGUUUGAGUGUAAAACCAGACAAAUGCAAGAUUUUGAAGAAGACAGUCGAUCAGAUACAGUUAAUGAAGAGAAUGGAACAAGAGAAAUCCACAACUGAUGAUGAAGUGCAGAAAUCAGACAUCUCAUCGAGCAGUCAGGGAGUGAUAGAAAAGGAGUCCCUGGGACCUCUCCUGUUGGAGGCUUUGGAUGGAUUUUUCUUUGUUGUGAACUGUGAAGGGAGAAUUGUAUUUGUGUCAGAGAAUGUGACCAGCUACUUGGGUUACAAUCAGGAGGAAUUAAUGAAUACCAGUGUCUACAGCAUACUGCAUGUAGGGGAUCAUGCAGAAUUUGUGAAGAAUCUGCUACCAAAAUCACUAGUAAAUGGAGUUCCUUGGCCUCAGGAGGCAACACGACGAAAUAGCCAUACCUUUAACUGCAGGAUGCUAAUUCACCCUCCAGAUGAGCCAGGCACUGAGAACCAAGAAGCUUGCCAGCGGUACGAAGUCAUGCAGUGUUUCACCGUGUCACAGCCAAAAUCAAUUCAAGAGGAUGGAGAAGAUUUCCAGUCAUGUUUGAUUUGUAUUGCACGGCGAUUACCUCGGCCUCCAGCCAUUACAGGUGUUGAAUCCUUUAUGACCAAGCAAGAUACUACAGGUAAAAUCAUCUCUAUUGAUACUAGCUCCCUGAGAGCUGCUGGCAGAACUGGCUGGGAAGAUUUAGUGAGGAAGUGCAUUUAUGCUUUUUUCCAACCUCAGGGCAGAGAACCGUCUUAUGCCAGACAACUAUUUCAAGAAGUGAUGACUCGUGGCACUGCCUCCAGCCCAUCCUAUAGAUUCAUAUUGAAUGAUGGGACAAUGCUUAGCGCCCACACCAAGUGUAAACUUUGCUACCCUCAAAGUCCAGACAUGCAACCUUUCAUCAUGGGAAUUCAUAUCAUCGACAGGGAACACAGUGGUCUUUCUCCUCAAGAUGACACUAAUUCUGGAAUGUCAAUUCCCCGAGUAAACCCCUCCGUCAAUUCUAGUAUCUCACCAGCUCAUGGUGUGGCCCGUUCAUCCACAUUGCCACCAUCCAGCAACAACAUGGUGUCCCCCAGAAUAAACCGCCAACAGAGCUCAGACCUCCAUAGCAGCAGUCAUAGUAAUUCUAGCAACAGCCAAGGGAGUUUUGGAUGCUCACCUGGAAAUCAGAUUGUAGCCAGUGUUGCCUUAAACCAGGGACAGGCCAGUUCCCAGAGCACUAACCCCUCUUUAAACCUCAAUAAUUCUCCUAUGGAAGGUACAGGAAUAUCUCUCGCACAGUUCAUGUCUCCAAGGAGACAAGUUAGUUCUGGAUUAGCACCAAGGCCCAGGAUGCCAAACAAUUCGUUCCCUCCUAAUAUUCCGACAUUAAGCUCCCCCGUUAGCAUGACAGGUACUGCCUGUAAUAAUAGUAACCGAUCAUAUUCAAACAUCCCAGUAACAUCUUUACAGAGCAUGAAUGAAGGACCCAAUAACUCUGUUGGCUUCUCUGCCAGUUCUCCAGUCCUCAGGCAGAUGAGCUCACAGAAUUCACCUAGCAGAUUAAAUAUACAACCAGCAAAAGCUGAGUCCAAAGAUAACAAAGAGAUUGCAUCCAUUUUAAAUGAAAUGAUUCAGUCUGACAACAGCUCUACUGAUGGCAAACCUCUGGAUUCUGGGCUUCUGCAUAACAAUGACAGACUCUCAGAAGGAGACAAUAAGUACUCUCAAACCAGUCACAAACUAGUGCAGCUUUUGACAACAACUGCAGAGCAGCAGUUACGGCAUGCUGAUAUAGACACAAGUUGCAAAGAAGUACUGUCUUGCUCAGGCACUUCCAACUCUGCCUCUGCUAACUCUUCAAGCGGUUCUUGCCCCUCCUCUCAUAGCUCGCUGACAGAGCGGCACAAAAUUUUGCACCGGCUCCUACAGGAGGGUAGCCCCUCGGAUAUCACCACUUUGUCUGUUGAGCCUGAUAAAAAGGACGGUGCAUCUACUUCUGUAUCAGUGACUGGACAGGUACAAGGGAACUCGAGUGUAAAACUAGAACUGGAUGCUUCAAAGAAAAAAGAAUCAAAAGACCAUCAGCUCCUACGAUAUCUUUUAGAUAAAGAUGAGAAAGAUUUAAGAUCAACUCCGAACCUGAGCCUGGAUGAUGUAAAGGUGAAAGUAGAAAAGAAAGAACAGAUGGAUCCUUGUACCACAAACCCAACCCCAAUGACCAAACCUGCUCCUGAGGAAAUUAAACUGGAGUCCCAGAGCCAGUUUACAGCUGACCUUGACCAGUUUGAUCAGUUACUACCCACGCUGGAGAAGGCAGCCCAGUUGCCAGGCUUAUGUGAGCCAGAGAGGAUGGAUGGUGCGGUCACUAAUGUAACCAUCAAAUCGGAGACCCUGCCAGCUUCACUUCAGUCCACCACUGCCAGACCCACUUCCAGGCUAAAUAGGUUACCAGAGCUGGAAUUAGAAGCAAUUGACAAUCAAUUUGGACAGCCAGGAACAGGUGAUCAGAUUCCAUGGGCAAAUAAUACAGUGACUGCUGUAAAUCAGAAUAAACCAGAAGACCAGUGUAUUAGUUCACAAUUAGAUGAGCUCCUCUGUCCACCAACAACGGUAGAAGGAAGAAAUGACGAGAAGGCUCUUCUUGAACAGCUAGUGUCCUUUCUCAGCGGCAAAGAUGAAACUGAACUAGCUGAACUAGAUAGAGCUCUGGGAAUUGACAAACUCGUCCAGGGAGGUGGAUUAGAUGUCUUAUCAGAGAGAUUUCCACCACAACAAGCAACACCACCUUUAAUGAUGGAAGAAAGACCCAACCUUUAUUCCCAGCCUUAUUCUUCUCCUUCACCUACUGCCAAUCUCUCUAGCCCUUUCCAAGGCAUGGUCAGGCAAAAACCUUCACUGGGGACUAUGCCUGUCCAAGUGACACCUCCCCGAGGCGCUUUUUCACCUGGCAUGGGCAUGCAGCCCCGGCAGACUCUGAACAGACCUCCAGCCGCACCCAACCAGCUGCGGCUUCAGCUUCAGCAGCGCUUGCAGGGGCAACAGCAGUUGAUCCACCAAAAUCGCCAAGCUAUCUUGAACCAGUUUGCAGCAAACGCUCCUGUUGGCAUCAAUAUGAGAUCAGGCAUGCAACAGCAAAUUACACCUCAGCCACCCCUGAAUGCCCAAAUGUUGGCACAACGCCAGCGGGAGUUGUACAGCCAGCAGCACCGACAGAGACAGCUAAUUCAGCAGCAAAGAGCCAUGCUGAUGAGGCAGCAAAGCUUUGGGAACAACCUCCCUCCCUCAUCUGGACUGCCAGUUCAAAUGGGGAACCCCCGUCUUCCUCAGGGUGCUCCGCAGCAAUUUCCCUACCCACCAAGCUAUGGUACAAACCCAGGAACCCCACCUGCUUCAACCAGCCCAUUUUCACAACUGGCGGCAAAUCCUGAGUCAACCUUGGCCAACCGCAACAGCAUGGUGAACAGAGGCAUGGCAGGAAACAUGGGAGGACAAUUUGGCACUGGAAUCAAUCCUCAGAUGCAGCAAAAUGUCUUCCAGUAUCCAGGAUCAGGAAUGGUUCCCCAAGGUGAGGCCAACUUUGCUCCAUCUCUAAGCCCUGGGAGCUCCAUGGUGCCGAUGCCAAUCCCUCCUCCUCAGAGCUCUCUGCUCCAGCCAACUCCACCCUCUUCUGGGUACCAGUCACCAGACAUGAAGGCCUGGCAGCCAGGAGCAAUGGGAAACAAUGUGUUCAGUCAAGCUGUCCAGAACCAGCCCACACCUGCGCAGCCAGGAGUGUACAACAAUAUGAGCAUCACCGUGUCCAUGGCAGGUGGAAACACAAAUGUUCAAAACAUGAACCCAAUGAUGGGCCAGAUGCAGAUGAGCUCUUUGCAGAUGCCAGGAAUGAACACUGUGUGCCCUGAGCAGAUAAAUGAUCCAGCACUGAGACACACAGGCCUCUACUGCAACCAGCUCUCAUCCACUGACCUUCUCAAAACAGAAACAGAUGGAACCCAGCAGGUGCAGCAGGUUCAGGUGUUUGCUGAUGUCCAGUGUACAGUGAAUCUGGUAGGCGGGGACCCUUACCUGAACCAGCCUGGUCCACUGGGAACUCAAAAACCCACGGCAGGACCACAGACCCCCCAGGCCCAACAGAAGAGCCUCCUUCAGCAGCUACUGACUGAAUAACCACUUUUAAAGGAAUGUGAAAUUUAAAUAAUAGACAUACAGAGAUAUACAAAUAUAUUAUAUAUUUUUCUGAGAUUUUUGAUAUCUCAAUCUGCAGCCAUUCUUCAGGUCGUAGCAUUUGGAGCAAAAAAAAAAAAAAGGAAUUCACUUUUGUUGGAAGAUUGAGAGGUGUUUUUGUUUCUUUCUUUGUAAAGGCCUUGGAUAUUGGAAAAAAAUAACAAGGCAGAACAGUUGGACAAUCUAUUUCUUGAGCCAAAUUUAAUUAUUCUUAUUUUUGUAAUCAGUCAUUGGCUUCUUAUCUGGAUGAAGGCUUUUGGAGGAGAACCAAAACGACAAGUUCCAAGGGGAAGAUGAAGCUCCACCUCUGCUGGCUCACUCCUGAUCCUGACAAGGAAGAAGGGCCCAGUGGGGCUUUGCCUGUGCCCGUCCACCAAAGGCUGUCACGUGUGUCUAAAUCAACAGCCCUCCCCUUCCCGACCCCAGGCAGCUUGUGUGUACAAUCAGCUUCUUCUAGCAACUCUAUAUCUGUUGGCUUCAAGAGAAUAUUUUGCCUCCCAUAUGUACCCCUUCUCCUUUUUUUAAAGAUGGAUUUAAACCAAGAUGCCUCCAGGAACGAGGACGAAAUGAGUAUAUUCACAGAGGAAUCCAAAAAAUACAGUUUGGGGGAAAAUGCAAUAAUUUUUGAUGAGAUGGGUAAAGGACAAGAAGCAAGUUCUGUCAAUUAUUGUAGAUAAAAUUUUCUGAUUAAAUCUGGAAAAAAAAAGGCAGCCUGUUCUUUCUGCUUUUAUUGUAUUAACAGCUAAGGUAGCUAAAGUUAUUUAAAAUAAAAUUAAAUUUAUGAUCCAA